UCGGCCAAAACAAAACUGCAGCGGCCCGAAAACCCUAACCCUAGCUCAUUUCCGGCUUUCCUCCCCGAUUCACCGGAUGCAGCGAUUUCAGUGACUUGAGCGCCGGCGGCGGAGCUGACGGCGACGUGGGAGGCGGGGAGGUCCUUCACACGUGCACAUCCGUAAGUGUGCCACCGGCUACUUUCUGCCCGCGCGUUAUCCAGAGACAGCGGCGUCGCGGCGGCGAUGCCCACGCUCGGCGGCGGUUCUGCGGGAUCUGGACACGGCGUCAUCAAGGGGAAGAAAGGGAAGACGAUUGCUGACAGUAAUGACCCUGGUAAAGCGUUUGCAAACAAGUUUAGAGUCACAUAUGGAAAGUACGAGUCUGAGGCGAAUUCUGAAGAUUGGAAUAGUAUUCUCUCCAUAGAAAAGAUGCUGAGCCUUCCUCCUGAUCGUGAACCGAAGGAGUAUUUCACGGAAUUGGACCAAAAUCUGUAUAAGGUAGUCAAAAUCAUCGAAGGAAGGAAGUUGGAACCCAAGAGAGAGAGAGAUUGGUGAAGGACCUACGACUUUUGAUAGAGCAGUUCCUUGAGAUUAAGGAAACUGGCAUAUUUGUCAAUGAGGACAGACAGGUUGAUUCAAGCUUUUUAAGUAUAAUUAUGGAUUUGUCAGCAUAGUGUUAUAGAUGUUUGUUUUAUUCGAUUGUAGUGUGGUUUGUGCAAGUUUUUUGAAGUAAUAAUUAUGGAUUUGAGAGCAAUAAUGUUAUAGACGUUUGUUUUA